AUGGUGUGGGCCACCAAGCCUGCUUCGUCUACUGAAAUUGUGUUUAUCAUGGCCUACUUUGGCUUUCCUCCUGUUGUGCAUAAGAAUAUGUUUGUCUUAAAGAAGGUAAAGGUUCCUUAUCCGCUCCCUGUUUUUGAAGCAUCAGUAUGGGGUUGGCUAUACUCUUACAUUAGUGAAGGUCAGCUUCUCAAUUCUGAUAUUUUCAGUGAACCUUUUGAACUCUAUUCGUCACCUACUGCUUCUGUGGCUUCUGAUAUUGUUUACCGCCAUAUUCCAUCUGCAACAUGUGUGAGCGAGGUUGGCACUGAGAUUUCCUUUAAGCUGCCUUUGGCAUCAUCAUUUUCCUUUGAAAGCAUGUUUAGGGAAAUUGAAAGUUGUAUGAGAAGAUCAAUUUCUAAAUCAGAAACGAGUAGCAGUGAGGACAAAAAUUAUCUUGGCAUUGAAAGUUAUGGUAUUUCAGUCACAACUCUGGAAGAGGUAUUCCUGAGAGUUGCAGGAUGUGUGUACAAUGAAUCUGAUGAUUUCAUGGACAGAAACAAUAUUCUUUCGUCUAAUUCUGCAGUUCCUGCAGCUUAUGACGAUCACCCUUCCAAAACAAUUUUUGAUGCAAAAAAUUUGGGGAAUCAUAAGAAGAUUCUUGGAUUCAUAUCUUCCAUGGUGGGGAGAGUCUGUGGUUUAAUGGUCGCCACAGUCUUAAGUUUCAUCAAUUUCUUAGGUAUGCAGUGCUGUAGCUGUUGUAUCAUUUCAAGAUCAACAUUUUGGCAACAUACUAAGGCAUUAUUCAUAAAGAGGGCUAUAUCUGCUCGGAGAGAUCGGAAAACAAUUGUUUUCCAACUUCUAAUUCCUGCCAUUUUCUUGCUUUUUGGUCUUCUUUUUCUCAAGCUUAAGCCACAUCCUGAUCAGCAGUCUAUUACUCUAACAACUUCACAUUUUAAUCCUCUCUUAAGUGGUGGUGGUGGUGGUGGUCCAAUUCCUUUUGAUCUAUCCUGGCCUAUUGCAAAAGAGGUUGCUGGAUAUAUUAAAGGGGGCUGGAUUCAAAACUUUAGAGAGAGUGCAUACAGAUUCCCUGAUGCAGAAAGGGAAUUGGCUGAUGCAAUCAUGGCAGCAGGACCAACUUUGGGACCAGUUUUACUUUCUAUGAGUGAAUUUUUAAUGUCUAGCUUUAACGAAUCCUAUCAGUCAAGGUAUGGGGCCAUUGUGAUGGAUAAUCAGCAUGAUGAUGGAAGCUUGGGAUAUACCAUACUACACAACAGUUCCUGUCAGCAUGCUGCUCCAACCUUUAUCAAUUUAAUGAAUGCUGCAAUUUUGAGGCUUGCUACUGGUGACCAAAAUAUGACAAUUCAAACACGCAACCACCCUCUGCCGAUGGCUAAAAGCCAGCACUUACAACGUCAUGAUUUGGAUGCCUUUUCUGCAGCAGUUAUUGUUAAUAUUGCUUUCUCAUUCAUUCCUGCUUCAUUUGCUGUUGCCAUUGUGAAGGAACGUGAAGUAAAGGCAAAACACCAACAGUUGAUUAGUGGGGCAUCUUUAUGUUUGUUCAUGUGGACAUGGCAAUGGAUGUAUAUAUUUGAUAUUCUACUUUGCAAAGACUUCUUGAAGUUUAAGGGAUUUUAUGGGAGCAUGCUUUUACAACAUUUUGUUACCUUUUUCCUUGUUUCUACCCAUGUUUUUCUAGGUCUGGAUCAGUUUAUUGGAAAGGGUUGCUUCUUGCCAACAUUCCUCAUGUUUUUAGAGUAUGGACUAGCAAUUGCGUCAUCAACAUAUUGCCUUACAUUCUGCUUUUAUGAACACACUAUGGCUCAGAAUGUGGUUCUCUUGGUCCACUUUUUCACUGGGUUGAUUCUCAUGGUUAUCUCAUUCAUCAUGGGCCUUAUACAAACAACAGCAAGUGCAAAUAAUUUGCUCAAGAACUUCUUCAGAUUAUCACCUGGAUUUUGCUUUGCUGAUGGACUCGCUUCACUGGCUCUACUAAGACAAGGGAUGAAAGAUAAAUCUAGUAAUGCAGUUUUUGACUGGAAUGUAACCGGUGCUUCCCUUUGUUAUCUCGGCCUUGAGAGCAUUAGUUACUUUCUUCUCACACUUGGGUUGGAAGUGUUGCCUUUUCACAAGUUGACUCCAGUUGGAAUCAAGCAGUGUUGGAGGAACAUCAUGAAUCUACGGCAUAACCCUCCUCCUAGUGACUUAGAACCUCUUCUAAAAUCUCCAUCAGAAACUGUUGGUCUCAACUUUGAUGAAGACAUAGAUGUGCAAACAGAAAGAAAUAGGGUACUUGCAGGUUCCAUUGACAAUGCUAUCAUCUACUUGCGCAACCUUAGGAAGGUAUAUCCUGGAGAAAAACAUCGUACAAAAGUUGCUGUGCAUUCAUUGACUUUCUCAGUUCAAGCAGGAGAAUGUUUCGGCUUUUUAGGAACGAAUGGAGCUGGGAAGACUACUACGUUGUCAAUGUUAACUGGAGAGGAAUCUCCAACUGAUGGAACUGCUUUUAUUUUUGGCAAAGACAUGCGUUCAAAUCCCAAGGCUGCCCGCCGGCUUAUUGGGUAUUGCCCCCAAUUUGAUGCGCUAUUGGAAUUCUUAACUGUCCAAGAGCAUCUCGAGCUUUAUGCAAGAAUAAAAGGAGUUGCAGAUUACAGAAUAGACGAUGUUGUAAUGGAAAACUUGUUGGAGUUUGACUUGCUGAAGCAUGCCAACAAGCCAUCUUUCACUCUUAGUGGGGGAAACAAACGUAAAUUGUCAGUUGCAAUUGCAAUGAUUGGAGAUCCGCCGAUUGUAAUUCUUGAUGAGCCAUCGACAGGCAUGGAUCCUAUUGCUAAACGAUUCAUGUGGGAAGUGAUAUCUCGGUUGUCAACCAGACAAGGGAAGACGGCAGUAAUUCUUACUACUCAUAGCAUGAAUGAAGCUCAAGCACUGUGCACCCGUAUGGGAAUAAUGGUUGGAGGCCGACUAAGAUGCAUUGGAAGUCCCCAGCAUUUGAAAACGCGAUUUGGAAAUCACCUUGAACUAGAGGUUAAGCCUAUCGAAGUCAGUUCUGUAGAUUCGGAAAACCUUUGCCAAACCAUUCAAAGCAGACUUUUUGACAUUCCUUCACAUCCAAGAACUUUACUUGAUGACCUUGAAGUUUGCAUUGGGAGAAUUGACUCCAUUAGAUCUGAAAAUGCAUCAGUGACGGAGAUCAGCUUGUCACGAGAAAUGAUAAUUUUGAUUGGACGCUGGCUUGGAAAUGAAGAAAGAGUGAAGACACUUAUAUCUUCAACACGCAUUUCUGAUGGGGUUUUUGGUGAACAGUUGUCAGAGCAGUUGGUUCGAGAUGGUAAUAAUCCGAGUGGGAUACCACUGCCAGUAUUUUCAGAAUGGUGGUUAGCUAAAGAAAAGUUUUCAGCUAUUGAUUCAUUUGUUCUGUCAUCAUUUCCUGGUGCAUUAUCUCAAGAGUGCAAUGGUUUGAGUAUUAAAUAUCAGGUAAACUUCACAAUGAUUUAG